GGUCCACAUUUGCGUCUCAGAAGCUAGCUGAAGCGAUCGCCCGACUCGCCUGGAACCACAAUUGUCCGUGGUGCCGGACGGUCGCUUGUUCAACCCGAUCUCAGCGUCAAUGUUUAUCGGUCGCUGCUCGGCAACACGGAGGCCUCGGUAAGUCGACACUAUUGAGCCGCGAGCCCGGUUCAGGUGUCCCGACCCAUAACAGAGUAACCGUCGCUAUCGCGGAGCAUCCUUGAAGCUACCCACCUACAGAAUCAAUCAGCAAAAGACUUUGUGAUUGACUCGGCGUGCGGGAGAAUAUCCAUAUUAGAAUAUAAUACAGUAUGCCAAGGAUCGAUACACAGAAACAACAGACAGUUCGUGAAUGGAGUCUCGCUGUUCCUUUGCUUUCAUGAAGUCCCGAAUCAAACGUUUGCCGUCUUUUGUGUAAUUGCGCAAUAGAACGCCCAAAGUACAGUACACGGCAAAAGUACAGGAGAACAAAGUAUAGAACAAAACAAUAUUCCUCAAAAGUCAAACUUUCACUCAGUGAGCAACGAGAGGCUUAACUUCACAAGUAUGUUUUGCUUUUUUGUCAGCACACAAAGGUAGAGGGAACGGGCGAAGCGUAGCCCCGGAAAGUGCUCCCGAAUUUACCAAAAUGUGUGGAGUUCCACCAGAAUGUUCUGCGCAAAUAUCAAACCGUCAUCCCAUCAGCACGUGACCUCAGGAAGAAGUCCACUAGGUGCCAGUAAAACAGCUUUUUUUGCUGAUCGCUAUUGGCACUUGUGGGUGCCAUCGAUGCUUUUACUUUAUUUGACUUUUAUUGCACGGUGAUCAACUAUUUACAAGUUUGGUUGCGAUAUCCAUCAUAUGGAUAUUCAACAAUUCUUAGGAUUCUGUUACUACUCUAUAGCAGGCCCAAUUUGGAUGUCGCCAUAUCCAUCCAUCCGCAUCCUGUUCACGUCAUAUUUUGGAGCAUAAAAGAGGCAGGCCUCUCGUUUGCAGAAGAAGCUGACGUCAGCGCAGCGUAGCCUUCAUUAGUCACACAACACAGCGUCCGCUUGGCUUUCCUGAGCUGUCGUUCGUUGGAACUUUCUUUCCGAAGAUUGUUAGAAGGCAGCCGAGGUGCUCUGCUCUGCUCUGUUCCACUUUGGGGAAGAUGAUGCAAAUUUGACCUUUAUGCUCAGGCCCGACACGGUUUCUCGGAGGAAGCGACCGACGAAAGUCGCGCUUCUGCUUUCCACAGGUUGAGUCUAAAAUCUUUGAUUCAGAAAGUUUGCCUCGCAGGGAUGCUUUGUGAAGGGAAACUGCUGAGCAUGGCCUACCUCCACGCAGAAGAAUCGUCCCUCCCGUGCCGAGAGAGGCAGCAGAGUACUGUCGGAGCUUCUUCCCGCUCUGCAGGCGUCGUUACGCACCUCCGUCACAAUCCCGACGUUGCCGGCGGGAGUCCUCCAGAAGUCUCCCAGCUGGAGUCUUUGGAUCUGUACAGAACCCAGCCGGGCAUAGAAAACUCGCUGGGAAUUCAGAUCCCCUCUCCCCGUUCGGGGGGCGACGCCACCUUCCUGGUUCCGUCCUUCUGUCAGAGCAUCUGCCAGAACUACAGCGACCUCCACAUCGGGGGCGACCAGGUUCUGCCCCUGUCGGCCGACAGCGGCGAGCAGGUGCGCGUCGACGCCCAGGCGGCGGGUCCCUUCUUGCAGUCCUGCGACGUGCCGCCGCCCGGGGAGGACUCCCCUCCGAGACGAGCCGCACAGGUCGGGCUCCUGCCGCCUCUCAGGGGGGGCUCCAAUCACUGGAGACAGGGAAGCGGUCGUGAUCGGAGCUUUUUGUUGCAAGGGCGCGAGGGACCCUACACCAACUCGCUCCUGAACGGCUACCUGGAACAGAAGCUCCUGGAUCUGUACCAGCAGUACAUGAUGGAGAACAUGGCCAGAAAUUCAGGCCCCGUUUGCUCCCUGUUAGGCUCGGAGAUGGUCCUGACCAGCCUGGACCAGAUCACCUUGCAACUGAGCCGGGAUGGCAAUCUGGAGGCGGGCGUGGCCAAGGACAUGGUGCUGUCGUGCCUGCUGAGGGUGGCCGGCGAAGUGGAGUCCAGCGAGAUCAGCACACCGUUUCUGCAAAUCUCCAGUGACGUGUCCAAGGAGCACAUCAACCAGUACAAAGAGCAAUGACGCCAUCUUUCAUUCUUUGCCGCGUUUGCAUGUCUUAUAUAAAGCACAAUAUUACCGAGUGAUAUUUGUCUUGUUAAAAACGCUGAUUUCCUCAAAGGGUCAGAAAGUAUCAAAGUAAAAUCAUAGUAUAAAAGAGGACCACGAGUUAGUGACGUCACCAUCACGAAUGUGGCCUGCCCACAUAGAAUGUUUCAUCGUGGUGGGCGGCUGCAUAAAUGAGGCUGAGAUUAGCCGAUCCAGUUUUGGCGUUCACGUUUCCUCCCAUAGCUGCAGCUCAAGGCACCGGCGACCUUCCUCCGCCGUUCCUGUCCAAGCGGAGCGCCGGCAGGAGGGAGUGGCCUGUUUACGUCGAAAACUUGGCAAGCGUCAAGGCUGCGGAGGAACUAUUCCCGCCCCAAACUUUCCGGCAGCCCGUUCCCGUCCUACAAAACAACGAUUGCAAUAACACACCAUGCGGCAAUAAUCUCAACUCAGCUCAGUUUUUAUUUAGAGACCAUUUUAAAGGCAACAACAGCUGAAACUAAGUGCUGUACAUGGAGAGAGAAAAAAAGAGCCUAAUCAUGAGAACAAGCUUCAAUUCAAACUUUAUUGUCAUGACACUUGUACAAGGAAAGACCAAGCACAAGUUCAAUGCGUGGUCCCUGUCGCAUGUAAGGUGAGAUGGUUUGGAAAGAGUGUCUCGUGUGCAGGCCGACUAUGAUCGGGAGUCAUAUGGUGGAUGGAAUUACAUUAUACACUCAUCUAUAUUUCAAAACAAUAGGUGUGUUGAUUUUGAAUAACAACAAAAAAAAGAAGGACCCUGAGCCUGUAGAAAAAAGGGUUAGCUACAUCUUUGGGUUGACUUGUCCAUUGCAAAUGCAGCAUGAAUGGCACCUGCUCAAAAGUAUGAAAAUAUAUACAGUAUUUGCAAAUCAUACAAAAUUGCUAGAAAAAUAAAGGGUACAUGAUUAAUAGAAAUGUGAAAGAAAAAAAGUCUAAUGUGUCUUGCGAUGAAAUCAGAGAGGAGGUUGAAGCCUUUCAGUGCAUCUCGAAAGCACUUUUGCCGUUCACAAGCAAAGAGCUUUUAACAUGUGGGCCGGCGCAGACGAGGCCACGUGAUUUCAUGUCAAACCCAAGGUCCUCGCCACUCUCGCCAUUGUGGCUUUAAUGCUGCAGCCGCGGCGGCGCCUUUAUUCAAAAAAAAAGCUUUUAGUGUCGCCUUGUAAAAGCAGCACAGUCAUC